AUUGGUGUUACAGCAGUGGCAUUUAAUAAAGAACUUGAUCCUAUACAGAAACUUUUUGUGGACAAGAUUAGAGAAUACAAAUCUAAACGACAGGCAUCUGGAGGACCUGUUGAUGUUGGCCCAGAAUAUCAACAAGAUUUGGAGAAGGAGCUUUUUAAGCUUAAGCAAAUGUAUGGUAAAGCAGACAUGAAUACCUUCCCUACCUUCAAAUUUGAAGAUCCUAUAUUUGAACCGGCUGAAAAACCCCAGUCCUAAAGCAUUAUGUAAAAUUAGUUUGGUAAUUUGUUAUGGAUUGAUUGUACAAUUA